AUGCCAGACCUGCGCGCCGCCGCCGGCAGCGCGCUCAAGGCGCUCGGCGGGGGCAGCAGCGCGGCGCUCGGCGGCGGCGGCGCGUCGUCGUGGGAGACGUCGCUCGCAUCGCUGCCGCGGCUCAUCAGCGAGUCGUCUGCGGCGGAGCUGCGGGCGGCGCAGCCCGCGCUCACGGCGGCGACUCGGCCGGCGCUGCUGUGCGGCCGGCCGGGUGUGGUGGGGGCGGCGUGCGCGGUGGUGCUCGCGGGCGUGCGGCGCGGCGACGCCGAGGGCGAUGCGCUCGCGAUCGACCUGCUCCCGCCCGUGCUCGACCAGGCGACGUCCUUUGGCGGGGCGUCGCCGUUUGCAGACGUGUGCCACUGCUGCGCGCUCGACUGCCUGAUGCUGCUGCCUCGCGCGGCCGCCGUGGCGGUGGCGCUGCACCCGGGCCGCACACUCGCCUCCGCCAACCAGGCCGCGACUCGCCGCCGGCUCGAGACGCUCCUCCUCGUACUGUCGCGCCAGCCCGCCGCGGCGGCGGACCGCCUCCACCAUGAGCUCGCGGCAGACGCACUUGUCAAGCGGCGCGCGCCGGCGGUGGCCACGGAGCUCGAGUCGCUCCUCACCGACGCGCGCUGCCCCAGCCUCGAGCUCUGCCGCCACGCAUACCUCGCCCUCACCGAGCGGUGCCCCCGCGCUCUCGCCCGCGGCUGCGUGGCGCGGCUGCGGCUGCGGCGGCUACGCGCCUUUCUGGACGAGGCGACAGUGGGCGACGCCGUGGCGCUGCUCCCGCGCGGCCAUGACGGCCUCCGCCGAGGCUCCGGGUUGCUGCAGCCUCGCGGGCACGCCGGCACGAUUGUGUGGCGCGGACGGACUGACCUCGCGCCCGGCGAGUGGUUUGGAGUGUGCCUUGCUCUGCCCGCGGGGAGGCACGACGGGGCGCUGCGCGGCCGGCGCUACUUCCGGGGAGAGCUCCUCCAGCGGCUCGAAGAGGCGACCCACUCCUUCAGCGAGGCGCUCGAGGCCCAAGCGGACCCCUCCCCCUCAGGCGCCGGGCGGGCCGAGGCGAUGGCGCGGCUGAUGGCAGCGGCCAACGAGCAGACCCUGCUCACGCGUCGGCUGCAGCAGAUGGUACUGGAGUGA